GGUCGAGAGAGCAGGCCAGUUUGCCGCUGGGCGGAGGUGUGGACACGGAGCAAAGUUUUGUUUUCAUGAAUAAACCAUGUGGAUACUGAUCCCAUUAGAAGUUAAAGGUCCCGGGACAGGUGCAGCCCACUACCUUCUGCCCAGUAAAGACUAUGUGGUGGGGCGCAAGAGCUGUGACGUCCUUCUGCCCAAUGACCAGUCUAUCAGCCGGGUUCAUGCACACCUCAGUGCCGGUGACCAGUCCCUGACGGUAAAGGACAGCUCUAAGUAUGGCACGUUUGUGAAUGAAGAGAGUCUGUCUGGAGACACACCCAGGAAUCUGAAGUCAGGGGACAGACUAACGUUUGGGGUCUUCCACAGCAAGUUCAGAGUCGAACACAAGGUGAUCCUGGUUUGUUCAUCGUGCUUGGACAUGGAUGGUAAAACCUCCCUGUCUCAAGCCCUGGUUCCCCUGGGAGGCCGAAUGGUCAACACCUGGACACAAGACUGCACUUACCUGGUCAUGCCCUCAGUCAAAGUCACCAUCAAGACUAUAUGCGCUCUGCUGUGCUGUCGACCCAUAGUUAAACAGAACUACUUCUCUGAGCUCAUCAAAGCAAUUAAGCAAAAACAGAAGCAGCCUAAAGUGGAGAGCUUCUGCCCGGAUAUUGACGAGCCCAGCUUGAAUAAAGACCAAGUGGACCUGAGCGAGAGGCCGGAACGCAAACGUCUCUUCACUGACAGGACGUUUGUCUUCCUCAGCUCCAAACAGCUGAAACGCCUGAGUUCAGCAGUGACGUUUGGAGGAGGGAGGAGCCACCUCUUAGAGGAGGGGCAGUUGCCCGUGUCACUCCUGGAGUCGCCAUGGAGCUGUGUGGUUGACAUAGUAACAGGGAACUCCCAGGCAAUUUCACCGUCCACCAGGAAAUGGGCUGAUUCCGUGGGACAGAUCCUACAGAAGAAGGGAUGUCGAUUUAUCACUGAGUCUGAGAUCGGAUUGGCUGCCAUUUAUGUUUCUUGUGACAAGUAUUGCAAUCCAGCCAAUGAAAUGGGAGACUCAGAUUCAAUGCGGGUGAGACGUGUUCUUCCAAGAUCUUCUCUGUCCCAGAACACAGCAGUGGAGGAGACUGUGCUUCAAGCAGCAUCACAGAACAUCACAGCAUAUGUUGUCAACACCGAGACCUCCCAGCGGAUGGACCUGAGUGGGGUGACGGCGGUAGGAGAGACCCCAGAGAGGAACCAGAGCCGGGGGCCCAGCCGGCUCCAACCCUCCCCGGGCCGGGACCAGGCUGCCAGCUGCACCGUCGCAGAGACCAUGAUGUCAUCAUUCCCCGCCACAGAGAACACAGGUGUCCCAAAGACAAGGAGCACAGAGCAAGAAGCCCGAGGGAGAGGCAACUGCACCGUGUCAAAGUUCUUAGCCCCGCCUCCCCAGUCUAGUGGCAGUCUGAAGAUGUCCCCUCAAAAAGGCUCUCACCAGAAACCAAAACCUUUGCUACAAGGUUCCCCACACAAACAGUCCUCCCUCACCAGCUUCUUCCAGUCUGUCAACAAGAAAAGGCCACGUGAGGAGGGCUUGCCUGCUGAGUCGGAACCAAAGAGGUCAGCGCCGCCGCACUCUGACGCGACACACACCUCAACACGCCCACAGACCAGCUCACACUGUCCGUCCACCUCCCGCGCCAAGGCUCCUCCUGUCAGCACCCAGGCCUCAGGGGCCGACCUGUUCCCCUGGCAGCCUCUGUCAGACAGGGCCUCCAGCCCUGCUCAGCAGGGGCUGCAGACCAGGAAGAGGAAGGAGAUGGAGGAGGACGAGGUGCCUAAGGGGAGCAGGGCUGGAGGGAUGGAGAUAGAGGAGCUGGAGUCAAUCAUGUCUGAAGAGAUGGUGGACUUUGAGGAUGAGCAGAUGUCACAGUUGGAACAGAGCUCAACCAAUAGAAAGCAGGCCCAAGAGACAGUGAAACAUACCUCCACCAAUAAGAAACAACAUCUUCAAGUGGAGGAACAUGGAACACCCAAUCAGAGGGUUACCCUGGAUCCAGUGGAAGGUUCAGCCGGUAGUUUUCAGGGUUCGCUGACGGCACUUGCCUCUGCCAGCAAGAAACAGCAGGUUCAUCCGGAGAGCCACCACACUGCUGGACACACCACACCACAUCAGACAUCAAGCUUGGAUCAUCAACACAGCUCUUCAGCCAAUACCAACCUGCGGGCUGAAGUCAAAGAUGAGGAUGUGUCUUUUGUUGAGGAUGGAGCCGCAGGUGUCUGUGGGGCGGAGCUAGGUGCCUGUCCUGAAUCCUCCGCAGUCAAACAGGAAGUCCCAGGGGCAGACGUGGAGGAUGUGGACCUUCCCCGCAGGCUGCUCCAGGUGGAGUUCAAGUCCCUUAUGGUGACGGAACCUUCUAGAACCAGGCCUGCGAGCCGGACGGUGAACGGACACAGCCAGGGGAAGAACUUCAAACGGUUCCGAAAGGUCCCUGUGCCUGCUACUGAGGGUUUGCCCAACAUCAUUGGUGGGUCGGAUCUCCUUGCCCAUCACCGGGGGACGAGUCACGAGCUGGACGACUGGCUGAGGGAGGCUGCAGAGGAGGAGCGACAGAGCAGGUGUGAGGAGACUCUGGGAGAUGACCUCUUCAGGUACAACCCUAAACCUGCCAAGAGAAAAUGAGGUUGGAGAUCCAGACUUUGUGAUUGGGACUAACUUUGUGACUUUUAGUUUGCUGUGGAAUUUGUCAGUGUUUCGUAACUAUCUGUCACAGCACCUACACACACACACACCCUACACACAUACACACACACACACACCCUUCUCUAAUUAUGUACAUUAGUGGAUGAGUAUUACAUUAGUAGUUCAAUAUUUUGUAAAGGUAAAAAAGUUUUAAAAAAAUGCCUGUGCCAAAGGCAAUCGUUCCCAUUUACUGUUUUAUACACUAGCUGUUAAUUCAGGCACUGGUGGCAAAGAAUGUGAUGAAGUGUAUUUCAUGUUAAGAGCUUUUAAAAUAUUUUAUUUGUCCAUAAUAAAAAAUACUGAGUACAAAA